AUGGAAGGUGUUCUUGCUAUGAUCUUCCUUUUUGUCAACUUUCUGUUGCUUCCAGAUCCUUCAUUUUCCCUUCCCUUAUGCACUGAUUCAACGGCUCCAUUUACCCUGAACACCACACUGAAGUUUUGCCCUUACAAUGGGAAGACAUGCUGCAACUCCACAGAUGAUACGCAAUUGCAGAAUCAAUUUAAAGCCAUGAAUAUCUCUGAUCCUGGCUGUGCUUCUGCUGUGAAAUCAAUCCUUUGUGCUAAAUGCGAUCAGUUUUCAGCAGAGUUAUUUAUGGUUAAUUCUGUAACUCGACCAGUUCCUCUACUGUGCAACUCCACUACUUCAAACUCAUCGCAGUCUAGAGAAGCAGUUAGUGAUUUCUGCUCUGGAGUAUGGGAUACAUGCCAAAAUGUAUCUAUUCUGAAUUCCCCCUUCUCCCCUUCAUUACAAGGUCAAGCUGGAGCACCAGUCAAUUCCAAUUUUACCAAAUUGACUGAUUUCUGGCAGUCCAAAGCUGAUUUCUGCAAUGCUUUUGGGGGAGCAUCUACUGAAAAAUCAGUGUGCUUUGAUGGUGAACCUGUCACACUAAAUGACACUGAAACACCUAGUCCUCCGAACGGACUGUGCCUUGAGAAAAUUGGAAAUGGUUCCUACCUCAAUAUGGUUGCUCAUCCUGAUGGGUCCAACCGUGCAUUCUUCUCUAACCAAGCUGGCAAGAUUUGGUUGGCAACUAUUCCCAACCACGGAUCGGGAGAAGCAUUGGACUUUGAUGAAUCCAGUCCCUUUGUAGAUCUAAGUGAUGAAGUUCACUUGGAUACUACAUUUGGGAUGAUGGGAAUGGCAUUUCAUCCAAAAUUUGCUCAAAAUGGCCGAUUUUUUGCUUCAUUCAACUGUGAUAAGGUUCUGUGGCCAGGAUGUGCUGGAAGAUGUUCAUGCAAUUCAGAUGUGAAUUGUGAUCCUUCUAAACUAGGUACUGAUAAUGGUGCCCAGCCUUGCCAGUAUCAAACUGUUAUUGCAGAGUAUACUGCUAAUGGUACUGCAUCCGCGCCUUCCUUGGCAAAAAGUGCCAAACCAACAGAAAUUAGAAGAAUAUUUACCAUGGGCCUUCCAUUUACUGGUCAUCAUGGUGGACAAAUACUCUUUGGACCUGCAGAUGGGUAUUUGUACUUCAUGAUGGGAGAUGGUGGUGGUGUGGGUGAUCCCUACAACUUUUCCCAGAAUAAGAAAUCAUUGCUAGGAAAAAUCAUGAGGCUUGAUGUUGAUAAUGUACCAAGUGCUGCGGAAAUUGAACAACUUGGUUUGUGGGGGAACUACUCUAUUCCCAAAGACAAUCCUUCCACUGAAGAUGGAGACUUGCAACCUGAAAUAUGGGCUUUAGGAUUAAGAAAUCCCUGGCGCUGCAGUUUUGAUUCAGAGAGACCUUCCUACUUUAUGUGUGCAGAUGUUGGACAGGAUCUAUAUGAAGAGGUUGAUCUCAUCACCAAGGGUGGAAAUUAUGGCUGGCGUAUGUUUGAAGGACCCUAUCCUUACACUCCUCCAGCAACACCUGGAGGAAGUACACCUCUAAAUUCCACUAACCCAAUUUCCCCAGUUAUGGGAUACAACCACUCUGAAGUAAACAAGAAGGAAGGAUCGGCAUCAAUCACAGGAGGUUAUUUCUAUCGGUCCACAACUGAUCCAUGCACGUCCGGAAAGUACUUGUAUGCAGAUUUGUAUGCUACUUCUCUGUGGGCAGGCAGUGAAAACCCGGAAAACAGUGGCAACUUUACCACUAGCAAAAUUCCUUUUGGUUGUGCAAAAGACUCACCUAUACAGUGCAGCUCUGUCCAAGGAAGUGAUCUUCCCAGUUUGGGUUACAUUUUCUCAUUUGGGGAAGACAACCAGAAGGAUAUCUUUAUCCUUACCAGUGGUGGAGUUUAUAGAGUUGUUCGUCCAAGUCGCUGCAAUUAUACUUGCUCAAAGGAAAAUGUUACAGCUGUUGAAACCCCGAGUCCUACUUCAUCUCCCCCUUCAUAUGCAAACCAGUUGAGAAGUGCAUAUGGUAGUCUGGUGCUCCUAUUCUCUUCUUUGAUGUUUCUUCUACUGUGCCUUCUGUAAGUUAUGACUGCUGAAUGUUAGACAAAGAUAAGGUGACAUUUGAAUCCAGUAGAUGAAAUUGUUGUACCCUAAAUUAUCUUUCCUCUUUGUAUAUCAGGAUGGUUAGAGAGAGAUGUAUCAAAUGCUUUAUGAAUUUUGGCCUUUGGGUUCAGUUUUUUUGACUUCCUUUAUAAUCCGUUCCAGCAA